UAAAUUAAGGGUAAUUUUUUUGUUGUUUUCUUUUUUUUUUACUUUCUUUUUAUACGGAUCACCUGAUGGUAAGCAAUCGGCGUCGCCCAUGGACACCUGGAACACCAAAGCGUUACAAGUGCAUCACCGGCCUUUUGGAGAUUAAGAGUUUGAGGAUUGUCGGGGAUUCGGGGAUUGGGGAGACUGGGGAAGGGGGUAAUUGGGCCUCUGGUAACCUCAUUCACACGAAGAAGCACAACGCAAGCGUUGCUUCACGUCGGUUUUCUGCGAGGCCGUGGUAUCACUCCGGUCGAGCCGGCCCAUUCGUGCCGAAGCAUGGCUCUCCCACACUUGUUUACACACACUUACAUAUUGUGCUAUAUUUAUUCACUACAAUCGGAAGAAACCAACGUACCUAUAUACGCUGA